AACAAACCGACGCAUAACGUCUGACCAAAGAGCCGCAAGCUUUUGCCCCCUUCUCUUCACAAGAUUUGGGGGGGGGGUGGCCCGGGGACCCUCCGGAAUGGAGCCCCCGGACAGAGACCACCCGGCCCCGGCGGGGCCGAGACGCCUCCGGGCCCGGCCGCAGCACGGCGGGGCGGGGCGGGGCGCGCCGCGGGAACCGACGGGAGGUGUAGUUUCCCCCGCGCGGACUACAUUUCCCGUGGAGCCGCGCGGCAGCGCGCCCGCCGCCGGUGCGCGUCAGCGGGCGCGGGCAGCCAAUUGCGGGGCGGCCGGAGCGAGCGCCGUCAGCCGCCAAUGUUGUUUUCGCUGAGUCGAGGCGCUGGUGUUGUUGGCGGCGGCGCCAUAUUGGAAGGGACGAGCCCCCCGUUAGCGAGAAGCCCCUUGGCGCUGGCCCGGCCGCCGCCAUGCUGUAUCUGGAGGACUAUCUGGAGAUGAUCGAGCAGCUUCCCAUGGAUCUGCGCGACAGGUUCACCGAGAUGCGCGAGAUGGACCUGCAGGUGCAGAAUGCAAUGGAUCAACUUGAACAGAGGGUAAAUGAAUUUUUUAUGAAUGCAAAGAAAAACAAACCUGAAUGGAGAGAAGAACAAAUGACAUCAAUCAAAAAAGAUUAUUAUAAGGCUUUGGAAGAUGCAGAUGAAAAAGUGCAACUUGCUAAUCAGAUAUAUGAUUUGGUAGACCGUCAUUUGAGAAAAUUGGACCAGGAACUCGCUAAAUUUAAAAUGGAACUUGAGGCAGAUAAUGCUGGAAUUACAGAAAUAUUAGAGAGACGGUCUUUGGAGCUAGAUACGCCAUCACAGCCUGUGAAUAACCAUCAUGCCCAUUCUCACACUCCAGUAGAGAAAAGGAAACACAAUCCAUCUUCUCACCAUAGUACAACAGAUCAUGUUCCUGAAAAGAAGUUUAAAUCUGAAGCUCUUCUAUCUACCCUGACUUCAGAUGCUUCUAAAGAAAAUACACCAGGGUGUCGAAACAGUAAUUCAUCAUCCUCUUCAAACAAUGCAUACAAUACAAACUCUUCUCAACCAUUGGCAUCAUAUAACCUGGGCUCAUUAUCUUCAGGAUCUGGGGCCGGUGCAAUUACCAUGGCAGCAGCUCAAGCAGUGCAAGCCACGGCACAGAUGAAGGAAGGCAGGCGAACAUCCAGUCUAAAAGCCAGCUACGAAGCAUUUAAGAACAAUGAUUUUCAGCUUGGAAGAGAAUUUUCAUUAUCCAGAGAUUCAACCGGAUAUUCAUCAUCGGCUCUGGCAUCUACAUUAACACAGACAUUAAAUUCAUCAACCACAGAUUCACGAAGUGGCAGAAAAAGCAAAAGCAACAACAAAUCCUCAAGUCAGCAGUCCUCAUCAUCUUCCUCUUCUUCAUCUCUGUCAUCAUGUUCUUCUUCAUCUGCACUGGCACAAGAACUGUCUCAGCAAACAGCAGUAAUACCAGAGUCUGAUUCUAAUAGCCAGGUUGACUGGACCUAUGAUCCAAAUGAACCACGAUACUGCAUUUGUAAUCAGGUAUCCUAUGGUGAAAUGGUAGGCUGUGAUAACCAAGAUUGCCCUAUUGAGUGGUUCCACUAUGGAUGUGUUGGACUGACAGAAGCACCAAAAGGGAAAUGGUACUGUCCACAGUGUACGGCUGCAAUGAAGAGAAGAGGCAGUAGACAUAAAUAAGUUUCUUCAUCUGGAAAACACAUUACAUACUAAAGGUUUUUUAGAGAACUUGGGAGGGGGAGGAACCCCUGCUACCUUUCCUUGCAACCACUUAAGGGUUAACAUAGCAGUCAUAAGAUCUUGAACAAUUGAUUUUGCUAGUUGUGUUUUAAUAUUGUAAGUAAAUUAUUUAUGCACAUUGAUGUGCUACAGAUACUAUUCCAAUGAGCCUUGGAUUGUUCCAGUGGCCAACAUAUGCAGACAUUUGUACUAUAAAACCAUUUUCUCUAAGCAGUGGGCAUUCUACAAUUACUCAAUCUUCAAAAAAUUCCAGUAAGUCAAGAUUUUAAAUGUAUGUUUUAUAUUCAACAGAUAUAUUCUGCUGCAUGUACUGUACUCAAGAGCUGUUAUGUAACACUAUGUAUAUAAAUGGUGCAAAAAGUCAGUGCUUCUGGAAAAAAAAAUAAUGAGACAAUGGUUUUUAAAAUGCCUUUAUAGCUUUGGUUCUUUAUGAAACUUAUUUCAGCAGGCUGAAGAAAAUGGUUCUUGUAUACAGCGGGCUGUUGUCCUCUAGGGUACUUGAGUAUGUAAAAACAAAAAAAAAAAGCUGUAGAAUAAAACAAACUUGUGCCAUUAGUCUUUAUAUGUUUCUGCUCCAGAGAAGGUGCAGGCCAUAAGAGGAAAAAAAGGUGUUAAAGUGAUGAUAAAUUUUUAUACCAAAUGUGUUUAUUUUUUUGUGCAAGUAAUCCUUUAAAUUUGAAUUGUAUUAGGUGUUAAAAUAAAACAACCUCAACUCCUCAAA